CGACAAUGUGACAGGACAUAAAUGAGCAGGCACUGAGGCAGGAAAUAUGGUAGCGUUGAAAGCUGCAGGAGUUGUGAUUGGUGGCAUUUUGGUCCACCUUACCCUGGGCACAAUCUAUACAUUUGGUAAUAUGACCCCUUAUUUCACAUCGUAUAUGCGUCAGAAUAACGUUAGUGAUGUGACCUACGGUGACAGUGUGUGGAUUUUUGCAUCGUCUGCCGUGGGACAGGGCACAUCAAUGACCUUCGGGGGAUUCCUGGAGCAGAGAAUAGGGACAAGGGCAAGUGUACUGACAGGGGCAUGGUUGGCCAGCCUGGGUGUGCUGCUGACUUUCUUCAGUAUCAAACAGUCCUUUGUUCUCACAAUGAUCACCUAUGGACUGAUGUUUGGCCUCGGGGUGGGGAUUGCUUACGCUAUACCCAUGGCCUGUGCAAUGAGGUGGCUGCCCAAGUACAAAGGUCUGGUGAACGGUAUGGUGGUGGCUGGCUUUGGUGGAGGAGCCUUUAUCUUCGAUUACGUCCAGACAGGCUUCAUCAAUCCCAGGAAUUUAAAGGCAUCUCUGAAUGUAGCCGGUGAAAACUAUUUUGAUGAAGCUCGUGUCCUGGACAAAGUGCCUUACUGCUUCCUGCUUCUGGGUGGUAUCUACGCAGCUCUGUCGCUCAUUGGAGUCUUACUGCUUCAGAACCCGCCGGACUGGAACAUUGAAGAGAACAUCAUUGCUGAGGAGGAGAGGAAGGGAAUUGAACGAUCCAUUAAUUAUGAAGAGAAAGCUGGCCUGUUGGAUAACGAGGUAUAUGAUAGACCAGAGAUGGGUAAAAAUCCUCAACACAUCACCGGCGACCUUGAAACCGAGAGACGCAAGGGUGGGGCAUCAAUAUCGGGAUUUUCAGAUGAGGAAUCAGAGAUACCCACAGAUAAUGAGGCGGCUCCAAACAAAUUGUCAUCAUCUGAUAAGUAUAGUGGGGAGGAUUCCUCUGGCCUUGAACUAAGCCCCAAGCAAGUCUUGAAAAAUCCAAACUUCUACAAACUCUGGCUUAUUUUCCUGUGCAAUGGCACUCUUAUUGUUUUUGUGUCAACUCUGUACAAGGCCUAUGGUCAAACAUUUAUACAAGAUGACCUAUUCCUGGCCAUAGUGGGGGCGUUCGCCGCUGUGUUUAACGCCAGUGGCCGAAUCAUGUGGGGGAGACUGUCCGACAGAUUCUCAUUCCGUAUCGCCAUGAUGGUUCUGUGCUGCUGUAUGACAGCCCUGAUGUUAACUCUACAGAUAACCAGCCUAGCGGGUAAAGCCAUGUACUUCGUCUGGGUUUGCGCAAUUUUCCUCACUUUCUCCGGAAACUUUUCGUUGUUUCCCACAGCUGCGUCUCGUUCUUUUGGCCAGAAGAAUAUGGUGAAGAACUAUGGAUUAGUGUUCACCUCUCAGGUAAUUGCUAGUCCAAUAGGAGCUGUUUUGUCUUCCCAGCUUAAGGAUGUUCUAGGAUGGAGUGGAAUGUUUUUCUUCCUGGCAGGAUUGUCUGUUCUUAGUUUAAUUAUAACCUUCACAUUCCGUGUCAAGAGAAUGGAUGGACGAAGAGAUAUUUAGCCCUGUGGGAGUCAGAAGUCAGGAAAUAUCCAUCCUCCCAGGCAGUGAAAAAACCAUUUGUAUCCAAUAUACUGUCUUUGAUUCCUACUGAAGGGUUUGUUACAAUAGACUAGCAUCAAGACUCCAACAAGCAAAGCAUGUAUUCUUGCAUUUAAGACAUGUAAUUGUGAUUGACUGAAUACUUGGUUUGUAACGUUGUGAUUAGCAAUUUUUCAGCCACAUGACGACGAGGAGUGUGUACAAUGUACUGUGUCGUCUUGUGGCAGAACGAGUCUAUGCUGUCAGCGUGCUGUCAUCACUGAAGUAUCAUGCCGAAGACACCAGAUAUGACCCAGUCACAUUAAGCAGGCACCAUGCCAACCAGGCUUGUUCCCUCACUCUAAACUCUCAGUCCUGAGUGCCAAGCUAGGCGGCAACAAGUACCAUUUUUAAAGGCUUUGGUAUGACUGGACCCUGGGUUGAUCCCAGGUCUCCUGACUUGAAGGUGGAAGCUGUUAUUGUUAGGCCACCAAAGCGGCCUCCCAUAAAUCUGCAUUGACAGUGUACACAUGUAUUACAAUAUCAUACAAGUACAUGUAGCUGAACAAAGCAUCCUGAUUUGUAUGCAUCUACAUAUACAUGUUGUAUGUUUGUUGUUGUCAUCAAUCAAGUGAUGUCAGCAAGCAGAGGACCUGAAAAGCUUAAAUUCUUUAGAAUUGUAAAUGUACAUUUAUUUUAAGUGCCUGAAAUGGUUUCCGCUUGGUACCUGCAUGAGGGCAACCUAGGUACUUGCCUGAGUGUGGUCACACCUGAGUCUGAUCACCCCUGAGCGUGGUC